CGUCGAACCUCUGUCCGGAUUCCGAGAGAAUGGUCGAUUUCGCUCAAGAAGAGGGCCUUUUUUAUGAUGAUUAUCAAACGGUUGGGCCGGAUGUUGAUAUUUUCAAUCAACGAUAUUAUGUUGAUCAAGGACCGAUUGAUCCGACAGUUUUAUACGAUCAAGCAAAUCAUCGUUCAAGAGACGUUUGGAACGACCACAAG